AAAAACGACUUCCGAGUCUCGCUUCGCAGAAAAAGGAAGUUGCCUUUGUUGACUUCAGCCGGAGAGGAGCAAGAUGUCUACCCUGGACGUGGACGAUUUUAUCCAACAAAACCGAGCCCUGGCCGACCAGGUGGAGACGUACCGAGGCUACUGGGAGAGCGAGAAGCACUGGGAGCCCCGGAGGGAGUUCAUCCUGCGGAACAUCAACGACUUCCAGCUGCCGCAGCUCGACCAGCUGCUCGCCCUGUCCAUGGUGUGGGCGAACAACGUCUUCCUCGGCUGUCGGUAUAGCACGGAGCUCCUGGAGAAAGUGAGGGAAAUGGCAGAAGGCAUCGAGGUCGUGGACGCACCGGUUUUCAAGACGAGAGAUGAGAUCAUGAAGAAGCAACAGGGUCGAUGACCGGCUCCGUCGUAUCAUCCGUCCUGGUUGUGUUGGAUCAAGUUGUAAGACAGGCGGGACUCGGUCAUGUACAUACAGGCUGUGCUUGUAACGCGUCUUUUGGUCCUGAACUGUUUGUAAUGGAUGUCAAAUCUUCUUUUUCUUUUAUCAAAAGGAGAAAGACUGUUUCUUGGCGGCACAGAUGUUUUUGUCAGUGUUGAAGCUCCACGUUGUUGUUUCGAGUUAUUUUUUAAAGUGUGCCCCUUCUUUUACGUACAGUUUUUUUUAAUAAAUCCAGAUGAAAGAGGA